UCGUACACAUUCCACCCUCGCGAGCCGGAGUAUAUACGCUAUAUAGGCGCAUCGAGGCAAAAGCCUCCUCCGUCAAGCUCUCCGUUCGUGCUCUAUACGAGCUUCUGUGUAUAAUCAAGCUCGCUGCCGAAAGCUGCCUGUGCCGCUGGCCCUAUACGAUUCUCGAUUGUGCAGUUUUGACAGUGCCGUUACUCGUUUGUUGUUGUUGUUGUUGUGGCUGUUCUGGUGCAGUGUAGUGUAGCUAUAUGUCGCGUUGGCUGGCUCCGCCGGAGGAAAAUAACAACACGGACUACAACGGCAAGAGCGGCAGUUGACUAGCGCCCCGAUGAAAUUAUUCAAGUUAUGAUUGACGAGGGAAAAUUGCCAAGAGCAGCGUUCCGGGCUCUAAGCAGCAGCAGCAGAAGCAGCAGCAGCAUCAACGACAGAGAGCAGCGAGGCAGCGAAAAUGGUCGAUAACAAUUGCAUUAUCGAGGGCAAUGUCAAGUUCCGCGAUGGCAAAAAGUGGAAAUCCCGAUGGUGCGUCAUGCGGAAACUGUCGCCAGUUGCAGACUGCCUGCAUCUGCAGCUGUACGGCGACAGCAAGGACCGCUACAAGCAGGGCCAGACCAAGGCGUCGCUGAGCCUGCAGCACUUUCUCGGCGUCGAGGCGGGCUUCACCCUCGACAAGGAGUCCAACACGGUGGCCAUCAUCUGCCAGGACGUCACCGUCGUGCUGGCCUUCGACACGCGCGAGAGGCUCAUCCAGUGGCAGGUCAAGAUCAGCAGUAAUCUCGGCGAGGAUCAACAGUUCCUCAUCCUGCUGUCGUCGGCCCCGGCCAAGGCCAAGCUGUCGUCGGGACCGGCGCAUCUGCACAUCCAGGAACGGCGCUUCUGCAUGACGGUGGGCGUGCCCCCACGGCUCGUCGGCACCUGGGAGAUCGGCCAGCUGCGCCGCUACGGGGUCGUCGAGGGUCGCUUCUGCUUCGAGGGCGGUUCGCGCUGCGGUCGGGGCGAGGGCCUCUUCGUUCUGAUCACCGACCAGGGCGACGAGAUCGUGCGGGCGUUCCAGCUGGCCGCUGAGGGCAAGCUGCCGCUGGGCGGCCGCAAGAGGCCCCACAUGCAGAGCCUCGCGCCCACCGGCAGCAGCGCCCAGGACAGUCCGCGCAGGCAGUUCUCGCGCUCGGACACGCGGGCCAGCGACCUCACGUUCCCGGGCUACGCGGCGAGCCUCGCCGGCUGCUUCCUCGACGAGGACGGCUUCAAGGACGCCUCGUCGUCCUACUGGUCGUCGACGGAGAGCCGCCAGGACGAGUCCGAGGUCAACUUCUCCGGCAAUCAGAUGAUGGAGCUCGAGCGCUGCUCCAGCUGCGUGUCCGGCAAGAUGUCCAUGAAGGCCGGCCCGCUGGCGGCGGGACACCUGCAGCCUCGAGCCUUCGACCGGCUCUCGUUGUCGUCCUACAGCAGCAGCAGCCACGACAGCGACUACUCGGCCUCGCCCCAGCCCCAGGCCAAGCCGCAGCAGCAGCAGCAGCAUCAGCAGAGUCGGGUGCAGUCGCCGAGUCCGUUGGCUCUUCCUCCGAGGCCGCCAAAGCCACCGCUGGCCAAGGCCCCGAAGAAGCCACCCAUGCCACUGCCUCUUCUACAGCAGCAACAGCAACAGCAGCAGUGCACUUGCUCGAGAAGAUUAGCCAGCUCGACCCCGACGACGACGCCACCUUCUCGCAACGGUUUCGCCGGUCCUUACGAAAACUACGACAUUCCAAAGACAUUGACGGUCCAUCAAGCUGUGGGAGCCUCGCACGCGGUCACACAGGCCGCAAACAACCCACAACAACAGCAGCAGCAGCCACACCCCUCGCACGAGCCCAAGAGUCCCGUGGCCGAGCAGUUCAACUACGACACGCCGCGCAAGAUCAAGGAGUGCCUCGCCGCCAGCAAGCUCGGCGUGGCCUACCCCAACUACGACACGCCGCACGUGCCUCAGCCGGUCGUGCUGAAGCAGUGCGGCUGUCCGGCCGCCAAGACGCCGCCGCCGCCGUCGGCCUCGGCCGUGGCCGUCAAGAACUUGGCCGCCUGCCCGUGCCACAACGUCAUGAGCUGGGCCGGAUUCGUCCUGCCGUACUGUCGACGUGGCGCCGGCAUCGAGCCCUCGACGACGACCGUCGUCCAGCCGGUGCGGCUCUCGGGCGAGGGCAAGAUGCCCGUGGUCAACGCCAGCGGCCGAAUCGGCAUCUACAACGGCGGUGGCCUGGCGACGACGAGCCACGAGCAAAACGGCCACGACUGCGACUGCCCGCUCAGCUCGGCCAACUCCUACUCCUGCGACUCGUCGAGCGGCCCCAAGGCCAACUACGAGAACGUCGAGCCGCUGGUCAUCGACAGCCAACCCGAAGCCAAAGCCUCGAGCGCGGCCAACUACGCCAACGUCGACUUCACCGAGUCGCUCGGCAAUUACGAGAACAGCAGGGACAUCCUCGCCAAGGUCCACGCCUCGACGACCCGCUCGGCCUCCCGCGAGGAGCUCGCCCGCGACAGCGAGGCCAGCUGCCACGCUGAGCAGGACUCGGAAGACUUGUGCCACAAAUGCGGCCAUCUCAAGGAGAUCGCAGGCCCGCAACAAAGCAGCUACUUGGUCAUCGAUCAAGAGCAAGAAGACAAGAAGCAGCAGCAGCAGCAGCAUCAAGAAGACAAGAGGCAACAAACAUCGGGCUAUAUAUCGAUGCAGCCGGUGCACAAUGCCUGCUCGAGAGAGCUCCUCUCGAGGCUCUGCAGUGGUGUCAAGAGCUCGAGCAACCCAGCUUUAUCCGGAGCAGUUAGCCAAGCCGCCGCCGCCACGACCCCAAACGCGGCCACCCUCAAUCUCGAGAACAGCAAAAAGAGGUCCGAGUCCGAGUAUCGCAUGCCCGGCUCGGCCAUACUGUCGAGCCCCUACUUCCGACGUCGACUGCUCGAGAUGUCGAGCGGCGAGUCCGGCGGUAGCUCCUCCAAUCUCGGCGUUCUGGCGCUGCGCAAACGAUCCUACUCGACGGAAUCGGCCCACUGCCUCGACGAGGACAAGCCGUCCUCGCCGAGCAGCGACAACAACGAGGGCAACGAGAGCAACAACGGGGCCACCGACGAGCCGACUGCCAAGGAACAGCAGAUUUCCGUGGCGCAGGUGCACGAGCCACCGGCCAAGUGUUCUUCCCCGCAGCCGCUGGCUGCCAUCAAGAUUCGCAGGUCGUCGUCGGUGCCGUCGAAAGCCGGACACAAUCGCGACUCGUCGAGCAGCAACGACUCGGGCGUCUCCACGGGCUCGCUCUGCCAUCGGACCGGCGAGUUCGUCGAGUACGAGUACCCCUCGGCGCCCGUCAAUACCCUCGUCAAGAAGCAGAGCGUCUCGUCGUCCAUGUACAGAAAAAGCCCGCCCCCCGCCUGCUUCCACAGCAGUCUUCCUCGCAAGUCCAAGUCGAGCGAGCUCACCUUCCAGUUCCACAGGACCAAACUGCCGGAGAAGUCGUCGUCGGCCGAGGCGGACAUACCGACCUGCCUGCCGUCCAACAAGUCCUCGGCCAAGGAGUUCAGCAGUCCCGGCGAGGGCUCCGGCGUCCCCUACAUCGACUCACGCAGCACCAGCAGCGGCACCUCCGACAUGUCCGAUUACAUCGAGACGCUGUCUUUGUCCUCUCACUCGUCUUCCGAUGCUCCCGACAACCUCAGAAUCACCGCCGGUAGAUCUUUGGCCACUACGUUGCGACCACGAAGCGGCAAGGAGUACUACAAGAUCGACCGGAGCAUGCUCGUCGAGCAGAACCGCAAUUCGUCGAAUUACGCCAACAUCAAUCCGUUCACGCGCAAGGAGAGUCUGCGCCAUCAGGUCACAUGAGUUUCGAUCAAGCCCCAAACAGUCGCUAGUUGCCCCGAACUUUUUCGGAUGCUCCAUUAGC